GCCGAGUCGAACGCUAUGUUGCAAGACCCGAAUGACGUAGUAUCUCAAAGAUAUUAUACGAAUCUUCUUUCUUUGUCGAUCAACGGUAACGAGGCCGAGUCGAACGCUAUGUUGCAAGACCCGAAUGACGUAGUAUCUCAGGGAUAUCUUUCUUUCGAUAACGAGACUAAUCGGACCGAGUCGAAUGCUACGUUGCAAAACUCAAAUGACAUAGUCACUUUUUUUUCUUUGUCGAUCAACGGUAACGAGGCUAAUCAGACUGAAUCGUUGCCAACAAAUGCUACGUUGGAUUAUUGCCAAGAUGUGUCUAGGUUCGUUGUGAAAUGUAAUGAUCCGUAUGUUUGUCAAGCUGAGCCAUUGCCAAAUUCAGAUCCAAAGGCUGAGCUAAACCAUGAUAAUAAUUCAGGAAUGACCACUCUGUACCUAGAAAAUGAACAGCUUACCUCGUUUCGAUUGAGCGAGUUUAAUCUCAAUGGCACCAGUAAUGGAUUCGUCUAUUUUAGACGUCUCCUCAAUGAAGCUCUAAUACGAGACGGAAAUGACAUGCACAGCGAUCAGAUUCGGGUUUCUAAAGUCGCUGGUGCAGCCUGGCAAUCUACAACCGCCGCCAUAAAGCAAAUAUUUAACGAUUUCAAUAGAAAUUUGACAUCGUCUUCGAGCGCGGUAGGCCCAUCGCGCAAUCUUCCCAGUGAUUUCUGGGUCUCUCAGACGUUGGCUACAGCUUUGGCGCCCGAUGGAAAUAUGUCAA